AUGGAUAUAGGCCCUGUACUCUGUGCAACGACGAGUCAACGCAGACGGUUCAUCCGUCGGUCGGUGCCAGUCGCACAGAGCACAGACACCAUCGUGGCCCGGACCGACGGAGCCGUGCCGGCCUACGGCUCGCGCUCGACUCCGGACGAAGUCUCCACACUCGACAUGAGCGAGCUGCCCUCCGGCCUGUACGGGGACCCGCGGAGGAUGCAGCUCUUCACGCAGGUGCACCCGCCGGAGCUGUCCAUCCACGCGGUGUCCACCCACGAGCUGCUGAAGCCCAAGGACGAGCCACACAGCAUGAGCUCUCCGGGGCUAUGCGCCGUGAGCUGGACACAUUCAGGUCAGUCACCGCUUACCAGUACAUGUGUCGGUCGACAGGAGAAGUUCAUCAACGUGGUGACCAAGGCCUCAGCCCGGAGCGAGUCCUCCGUGUCUACUUACCUUGUCGAGGAGGCCGAGAAAACGGCUCACACGUUGCGUGCAGGACUCAGGAGGCAGGGCGCUGCGUACGAGAGUCGGCUGUGUCUGCAGGAGGACGCCGACACCGCCGCCGCACAAGCCGUAAACAUCAAAGAUGAGGACGAACUGUCCAGAGUGUACCAGAACCUGACCAUGCCUCCUUUGCCCAGAAACGAAACUGCUAAUUCUAAAAGCGCCGACACCAAGAUCACGACGAAGUCAUCGCCAGUGAGCCCGGACGACUCAGCGGAGAUGAAUCCGCAGUCCACCACGCCGGCGUCGCCCCACUCCACCAAACCGCCCUACUCCUACGUCGCGCUCAUCACCAUGGCGAUACAGAACAGUGAAGAGAAACGCGCCACACUGAGGGAAAUAUACGACUACAUCACCAAGGAGUUCCCGUAUUACGAAAAGAACAAGAGAGGCUGGCAGAACUCCAUCAGGCACAACUUGAGCCUCAACGAGUGCUUCCUGAAAGUGCGCAGAGAGGGAGGCGGGGACAGUAAGGGGAACUACUGGAUCAUUCAUCCGCAGUGUGGCGACAUGUUCGAGAACGGCAACUACCGGCGCCGGCGCCGCAUGAAGAAGCCGUUCCGCUCGGCGCCGUACAACAAGCCGCUGUUCGGCGACGGGUACCUGCACGCGCAGCACCCGCACAUGCAGUCGCUGCAGCUCGGCCCGCCCAACUACUUCGGCUCCCGCUCCCCGUACUCGCCCACGUACUCCCGCUACGACACGCCGUGGUUAACGCAGCCGACGAACGGCUCUCACUACGUCAGCGGUUGUAGCAUGGGUCGCAGCCCACCCGCGCUGUCGCACCAGACCAACCCCGCCAACCACUUCAACAACCACCAGCUGCAAGGACAGCUCCAAAACCAAUUGCAGACAAUGCAGCCAAUGGCGAUGAACACUUACAAUACUAUGAAUGUACCUAUAGACGGGUCGACGAGUCCCGGGUACGUUGGACCCGGCGGCUUCUCCCCGGGCCGGCAUCACGACAUCGUCACUUCGUCCGACGCGGCUGUCACGCGGUUCGCGUUCUGGUCUGAAGGAGGUUCUCCGAGCCCGACUGCAGGCUACUCUGACGGCUUCUCGCCCGCGCGCCGACACGACGCCGUCUCCUCCUCGGACGCCCGAUACACCUUCUGGCCCGAAGGCGGCGUGAAGGAGGAAUCGUCUUCCAGCGUCGUUUCCACCGGCGCCAGCUACUCCAAGUGUUUCAUGUGAGGAUGCGACGAGCACCAACUGUAUCCACUUCUGAGAUCAUACAGCUCCAGUAAAUUAUUGCCUGGCGCUUGUCUUCACGGAGUCUGUGAAUACCCACAAUAGCUAUCGCACACAAAUUGCUUUAUGUGUCUAUAGAUCGUAUACGUACUCUGUACUGUGUGCCUAGUGGGAGUUUUCAAUAUUUUCAUACUGUUAUUAUUACGUUGACGUAAACGUAAAUUUAUAUGGA